AUGAAACCUCAACUUGAACCAAAUGAACGCGAUCGCCAUCCUUCCGUCAUCCAACGGACAGGCGCAAAUCGAUCGACUAAUGGUUUUCGUUCUCGAAAUGAAAGUCCUGAUAGAAUGGAAGUUCGUCAGCUAAAAUCUGAUAUCCUAAAAUUACAACGAGAAAACGAGGAACUAUCGAAUUCUAUUAAAGAAAUCGACAGUGAAAGAAAUCUGCUCCUGAAAGAAAUCAAAAAACUUGGACCAUUAGCUUUUAUUGGAGUUUGCGCACUGACAUAUGGGCUCUUAUUUAUAUUCAAGAUACUUGUUAAUGGCGAAUAUUACCAAUUUGUAACCUCCUUACAAACCAAACUUAAACUCUAUAAUAAUAACCCUGUUGAUAUCAAUUAUUCCAAAAAUAGUUGUGCUGGAGAAACAAAAAAGAACGCGUUUAGAGUUAAUAGUGAUGUUGAAAACAAGGUCGGGCUUGACGACAAUUCGAGAAUUCAGAAUGGCAGGAAUAUAAAAUUCGGAAGGAAGAAAUAUUUUGUUUCUACAUAUAUCGGAAAUAAUGAUGGCAAGGAGGAAAGGCGAUACAGAAAAAAAUAUUUUCCGGAUACUUACAUCCGAGAAUGA